GGCGCAAUCUCGACAAGUGACAGAUCGACAAGAAGAUUGCGAAUUUCUCAAUUAUUUCCCAGCAAAAUUGUGAGGCAGUGCUUUGGUUUUGGAGGUGAAAAGAGACUCGCACGUGUAAGAUGAUAAAGCUAUUCUCGCUGAAGCAGCAGAAAAAGGAUGGGGAGGCCACACCGAGGUCUAGCACACAGAAGAAAAGUGCAGCACACCUGAGAAUUCAGAAAGACAUCAAUGAACUGAAUCUGCCAAAAACGUGCACCACGGAAUUCCCGGACACGGAUGAUUUGCUGAAUUUCAAAUUGGUCAUCUGCCCAGAUGAGGGCUUCUACAAAGGGGGUUGCUUUGUGUUUAAUUUUAAGGUUGGUCCCAACUACCCACAUGAACCGCCAAAGGUCAAAUGUGAGACACAAGUGUACCAUCCAAACAUUGACCUCGAGGGAAAUGUCUGCCUGAAUAUCCUUCGCGAGGAUUGGAAACCUGUUCUCACAAUCAAUUCCAUCGUGUACGGGUUGCAGUACCUUUUCCUGGAACCCAAUCCAGAGGAUCCGCUCAACAAGGAAGCAGCUGAGAUUCUACAGACGAAUCGACGGCUAUUUGAGCACAAUGUGGCCAAGGCGAUGCGAGGGAAUUACAUUGGGGACACCUACUUUGAGCGUUGCCUCAAGUGAUACCUAAAUCUUAAGUGCUGCGUCUAUUUGCUGCUGAUCACCAUCGGCUGGACGCACCUUUACACCUAAAAAAUUUUAAUCACAGCUGCGGGAGGGACACGGGAGGGAAGAGGAGCAACAUUGUGAGUAAAUACAACCACACACACAAUAAAAAAAACUCUUUAAUUCCCCAAAUAAAAUUUAAUUUUCCUGAAAAA